AGACGGACGGGCGCCCAGGGCUCGCUGAGACCUUUCCUGACCCUGCUUAGGARGAGGCGGCGUUGUCCAAGCACAGGUGCCGCCUUUCCCCGGCAGCUUCUCCCGGCGGGGCAGSGUCGUCUGCCCCUGCAGCGUUGGGGUCUCCUCGUCCCCUCGGAGAAGCGAGGGGCAGAGCGGGAGCGGACGGCGGAAGAUGCUGUGCCUCACGGUAGCCUUCCAGUUGCUGCUGGUGCUGGUGCUGUGCAAGCAGGGCACAGAGAGGUGUCCUUCAGCCUUCUGCGAGUGCUCCGACUGGGAGGAGUACAAAAUCACUUGCAGGGACAUCCACUACAUUCCCAGCCUUCCAGAGGACACCCAGACCCUGAGGUUUAUGGAGACUCAUCUAAGAACAAUUCCAAGAGAUGCUUUUUCCAAUCUCCCCAACAUCUCUAGGAUCUACAUCUCUAUAGAUGAAACACUUCAGAGUCUGGAGGCCCAUUCCUUCAACAGUUUAAGCAAAGUCACUCACAUUGAAAUUCGAAAUCUUAGAAACUUGGAUUACAUAGAUCCAGAUGCCUUUAAGAACCUCCCACUUUUGAAAUACCUUGGUAUUUUUAAUACUGGACUCAAAGUAUUUCCAGACCUCAACAAAAUCUAUUCAUUUGAUGUGAAUUUUUUGCUUGAAAUUGCAGAUAAUCCUUAUAUGACUUCAGUGCCUGCAAAUGCUUUCCAUGGGCUUUGUAAUGAAUCUCUAACCCUCAAACUCUACAAUAACGGUUUUACCAGUAUUCAAGGCCAUGCUUUUAACGGGACAAAUCUGGAUGCUAUCUAUCUGCACAAGAACAAAUACCUGGAAGUUAUCAAUGAUGAUGCAUUUCUGGGAGUGCACAGUGGGCCAACUCUACUGGACAUCUCCAGAACAGCUGUUGCCAACCUUCCAGCCAAAGGAUUGGAAAGCCUAAAAGAGCUAAUAACCAAAAAUACAUGGACUUUAAAGAAAUUACCAGCUGUAAAGAUAUUUCUUCAGCUAAUGCGAGCUGACCUAUCAUAUCCAAGUCACUGCUGUGCUUUCAAGAGCUGGAAAAAAAAAAGUGGGAUCCUGGAGUAUCUGAUGUGUAACCAGAGCAGCCACAGCUUUCAUAAGAGAUCAGUCAAAGCUCUCAGAGACCCAUUUUACAAAGAUUAUGCAGAAGAAUACACAGACCACACCGAUGCCGUGUAUGACAUAGACAGCAAGUUCACAAAUUUUCAUGAAAAUCCCCAUUCUUACAUUUUUUUGGAAGAGCGUGGAGAAGGAAAUCUUGGCUUUGGCAAAGAGCUCAAGAACCCUCAAAUGGAAGAUGUCCAGACCUUUGACAGUCAUUAUGACUAUCCUGUCUGUGGAGGCAAUGAAGAUGUAAUAUGCACACCAGAGCCUGAUGAGUUUAAUCCCUGUGAGGAUAUAAUGGGAUACCAAUUUCUGAGGAUUGUGGUGUGGUUUGUGAACCUGCUUGCCAUCCUAGGCAACGUUUUUGUCCUUUUAAUCCUUCUAACCAGUCAUUAUAAACUGACCGUGCCUCGCUUUUUGAUGUGUAACUUGGCCUUUGCUGACUUUUGCAUGGGGUUAUACCUCCUUCUGAUCGCUUCCGUGGAUCUUCACACCAGGUCAGAGUACUAUAACCAUGCCAUAGAGUGGCAGACUGGGCCUGGCUGCAACACAGCCGGGUUUUUCACAGUGUUUGCCAGUGAACUUUCUGUGUACACUCUGACYGUCAUCACCCUGGAGCGCUGGUACGCCAUCACCUUCGCCAUGCGCCCCGACCGCAAGAUCCGCCUGCGGCACGCCGUGCUCAUCAUGCUGGGGGGGUGGCUCUCCUGCAUCCUGCUCGCCCUCUUGCCACUGGCUGGUGUCAGCAGCUACAGCAAAGUCAGCAUCUGCUUGCCYAUGGACACUGAAACACCAGUGGCCGAAGCCUACAUUGUCUUCGUUUUAAUAUGUAACAUCAUUGCUUUUGUCAUCAUCUGUGCCUGCUAYGUAAAAAUCUACCUGACGGUACGAAACCCCCAGUACAAGUCAGGGGACAAAGACACCAAAAUUGCCAAGCGGAUGGCCGUGUUGAUUUUCACAGACUUUCUGUGCAUGGCUCCCAUCUCCUUCCACGCUUUAUCUGCCAUUAUGAACAAACCACUGAUAACUGUCAGCAAUUCCAAGAUUUUGCUGGUACUUUUCUACCCACUCAAUUCUUGUGCCAACCCCUUUCUUUAUGCUAUUUUCACCAAAGCUUUCCGUAGAGAUGUAUUUAUCCUACUAAGCAAGUUUGGUUUAUGUGAGCAUCAGGCCCAAGUCUACAGAGGUCAGACAAUCUCAGCCAAAAACAGCAGUGGGUCUUACGGGCAGAGAAUCAGCCGAGGGGUAGGUCAGAUUCUUACAAGCAUUCAAGACCCAGUCAAUGAUUACCUUCCUGCUGGGACCGUGCAGAACCAAAUUCUCAUGGAAGAAUACAAGCAAACUGAGCUAUAACAUCUCAAAGUAUCCCAGCUGAAAUCCGGUCAACAGGUGACUGUGCACACAAUAAAUCAAGUGAGAAGACAA